AGCGUAGCCAUCUUUGUUGCGUAAUGUCAAUCUGCUUUUCUGUCAUACGAUAAGCUAAUCGAAAUAAUAAUAAUAAUAAGUUAAAAUACCAACGUUAUUAUCUUUUGGAAAUAUAUCAAACAUAUUCUUUACGUUAUCAUAAAUCCUCAUCUCCAAGAUAUACCAGUAAUUAGUGAUAGUGCUUCAAAACUCUUAGUUGAACCAUUAAAGACCAGUCUACGUAUUAUCAUUUCCAAGUAUUGCUGACAAAAAUGGUCGUUUCAAUAUUCAAUUCAGCUACUUGCAUGAGCUAAGAGUUUUAGUGUGGAUAUUGAUAUUUGUCUAAAAGUCGUUAAUAAAAUGAAAAUGCGGAUGAUUUUCAGUUGAGUAACAGCAACCAAUAACAAUGGGUAUUUCUUCAAGAUUGACACCCUGCCUUAUAUUCAUAGUAGCUUUGUUUAGUUUUGAGUUUGUAGUCAGUGAUCAAAACUGCUUGAAUGGCAUUCCCUCAAAGGGCUAUACUGUACCAAAUGGUGACAUAACUGUAAGGUAUGGGGAACCUCUAGAUAUAUAUUGUAGUUUGAAUGAAAAUGAAACAAAAUCCCUUGGUCCUAAUCCAAGCCGUCAUUUGACAUUUGCUAUGAACAAUUUUGAUAUUAGCAAGAUGAUUAAUGUCGUAAAUGAAACAACAAUUAAGCUUCAUGUUGAAAAACCUUUCUUUGGAAGUAAACAAUAUUAUCGGUGUAUGUACCAAAAGGAAUACAUAUGUGCAAAUUUUGUCUAUGUUGGAGUACCCCCUCAAGAAAUAACAGACUUCAGGUGUAUAAGUGAAAAUUUGGAUAACUUGACGUGCAGAUGGACUGCUCCACAAAAUCAUGUGUUCACUUCAUAUAAUCUGACUUAUUCUUCAGAUCCACUGUUGGAACAAUAUGAAUGUCCAAAAAUUGAAGAAGGAGAAGGAUCAGAAAUGAAGUGCACUUGGAGCCUGAGCACUGGUCCAAUAUACAGACAAAACUUGCCAACAUACUAUUUUAGACUUACAGCAAACAAUACAUUCGGAAACUACAGUAUGCCUAUAGUGAAAUUCAAACAUUUUAAACAUGUGAUACCAAACAGACCAGAAAACUUAAAAGUAACCAGUAAAUCUUGGAAUUCAGUUGGUUUAUCAUGGUCUAUCCCAUCUACUCUCCAAGUUUUCAACAGUGGCCUCCACUUUAGGGUGCUUUAUCAAUGUUCUUAUGGUACUAAAGAAUGGAAAAGUAGUCCCAUUAAUUACACUAAAGGAGACUCUACAAUUAAAUACGAACUCAGGAAUUUAGAAUUCGCACAUGCUUAUUACGAUAUCAGAGUUUCUUUGAGAUCUGCUGUGGCUGAUCCAAAUGAUGAAAGCAGAUGGUCAGACAAUGCUUCUAUAACUGUCCUCACCGCUAGCAAAAAGCCUGAUGAAGCUCCCAGAACAAAUCUUGGAAGUUUCGAAAUCUUGACGUAUGGAAACAAUUCCGAUAGAAAUGUUAGAAUUUAUUGGUCCCACGUUCCAGAGGAAAAAAGAAACGGGGAGAAUUUCACUUAUGUGGUAAAACUUCAGGGCGAUGAAGAAGUGGAGAAUUCAACGGAAAAUGCAUAUUUACUCUAUGAACGUUUAUCACCUCGCAGAAGUUAUACCUUCAAAAUAAGAUCCAAAAACGAGAUGGGAUUUUCCAAAAAUUAUUCAGUUGUUCGAAUUCCAUCGCAUCAGGACUGUGCCCGAGAACCCAGGAAACUUAGGAAGGAAUUAUUGGAUUCAGGGUAUUAUCGUCUGUCUUGGCAGCCACCAAAAAUGGAAAUUCACCAACACAUUAAGAACUACACGAUAUUCUGGUGUAAUGAUGAAAGAGAAAGGCCUCCUUGUACUGGUAAAUUGGAUUGGGUUGUUGUCCCCAGCAAUCGUACUGUACACAAUCAGCGUAUUCCGAGUAAUAAAACAUUCCAAUUUGCUAUUUCGGCCAACACUGACCGUGGCAGCAGUGGUAUGACAUGGGCACAUUGUACUGAUUUAUAUUACAAAGACAAUUUUGGCAAAAUCGAUGAAUUUUAUAGAGUGAAUGUAGGUUCCACCUACAUCAAGGUAAAAUGGAGUUUCGGAUGCUCGGAUAAGAGUGUCACCGGUUUUAUCAUCUACUAUUGUCCAAUUUGGUCGCCGGAGCAAAAUUUGAAAUGCAAAGAACCGGAAAAGAACACUACGGUUCCAAGCACCGAAUCCUCAUUUGUAAUUCAAGAUGUAACGCCAUAUACUACUUACAGUUUACAAGUUGCAGCAGUAAUUAACUCCGCUAAAUAUAGUGCACGUAGUGAACCACUCCUGUCAACUACCUUGGAAACAGCUCCCACUGCUCCUCAAAAAUUGAAACUUAUUGAUGUAACAAACUCUUCUGUCUCACUCAGAUGGGCUGUUCCUAAAAAGAAGAACGGCUUGUUAAAGUAUUACCAAAUAAAUUACAAUGAAGAUUCAAAGCGCAUAGAUCCAAUAAGAGACGCAGAAAUACAGUAUGCAAUGCUCACUAAUCUAACAAGCUUCAAAAACUAUACGAUAACAGUACAAGCUUGUACUGUUUCUUGUUCAGAACAUUCUGGAGAAAUAAGAACUCAAACAGAAAUUGGAUAUCCUGGUGUGAUAAGGAAACCCUCCAUAGGUCAAAAUGCUACCUAUACCCUCAUAAGUUGGGAUAGUCCACAAGAGCCAAAUGGUAGAAACGAAUAUUACGAAUUGCAAAUAAAAGAAAAACAAGACAAGGAAAAUAAAACCACUGUCAUUAACAUAACAGGCCAAGAAUGGGGUUUCAACAGUUGUGGAAAAGAAAAGGUGUAUUCUUUCUUUGUUUCUGUACGUGCUAUCAAUUUGGAUGGGGACAAGGUUUACAAUGGAAAAUGGAGUGAUGAGGUUGAAUCCUACUGUAGAUCUUCUGGAAAUUAUACGAUCUAUUUGUUGGUACCUCUCAUAAUUCUAUUUUUAUCUGGUAUGACCUGCUUGUUCAAAAGAUUAUACGGACAUGUUAAAAUAAUGAAAGAUGUGGAAGUGAAAUUACCACUCGGUCUCCAGAGUGAAACUAUAGAAGUGGAUAUAUCGAGUUGGUCGCAGAAACCAAGAAGUGACGCCGAUGGCCAACAUGCUGCCGAUGAUGAAAAACACCUUCUUAUGAAGAAGAUGGAGGGUUCACCUAAUGCCAGAAAUGUUGUAGAUUCCAGUGGUUGCAGUUCUGCCACAGGCUCAAUCGACGCUACAAGUAAUAUAUCGAAUAGUUCAGAUUCAGGAACGGAACAGCCCAAAACAACAUCUGCCGAAGAUGUUUCCGAUCUGGCUACCACAUCUUUGAGACAAAGAAAUAUCAGACCUACCAGUAUGAGUAAGCCUUACCUUGUUCUUCCUUUGGACGGUGGCAACACUGGGGCGGGCAAUUCGUCUACUAGUAGUUACUGCGUUUUAGGAAUUGACCUCGGUGGUAAUUCUGAAGGCAAUUCGACGUACAUACCAUUGCCUUCGGUAAUGGACAAGCAGUCUUAUACUCCGUCAGAGACCUCCUCUUCGGCUCCAUAUGUAUUAACCGGGGAACUUCUGAAAACUGCUAAUCCUAGUUACAUCCCUUUCAAAUCGUUACCAACAGAUAAAAAUGCAGCUUAUAUCAUUACUACCGGAAACAAUAAAGAACGCAUUUCUGCUGAUGAUUUGGAAACAGUUAGUCCCACCGAUAACUCCUACAUCAAGAUUACUGGUGAUAAUUCGUUGAAAAAUGCUCUCAGUUUGAAUUCAAAAACUGGCUAUGUGACUAUUGGUGGAGAUGUUCCUCCAAUUAAAAAGGAACCUAAGGGUUAUGUCCCACAUAGACAAUUCGAAAGUAAAGCUUUAAAAGAAGAUUAGAUCAAUGAAAAAGUGAGCUUCUAAGUGUUAUCUUUUACUAUUUCCUUUUUCUAGAUGAAAUUCAAGAGGAACUAUUACGACAUGUACAUUUUAAAUACAAAUAUGACAUAAUUAUUUAGGCCUCUCGAUAGUAAGAAAGAGAUUGAAUUUGUUACUUUUAUAUAAUGUUAUAUUUUUUAUUGUACAUAUCAAAUUUUGAUUUGAUGAAUUCUUCUGUUCGAGAAUUUUCAGCCACAUUUUUUCAAGAAAAAUAAACCCAUUUAUAACUUUUAAGUUUGUGCCAAGCGUUGUGAUAAUUUUUUUAUUUUAUUUGUAGUUCCUAUAUGAAUUCACUUUUUUUUUUCGUUGCUUUGAACAGUGCCCGAUUGGAACAUUUUUUUUGGCUACAAAUUCUCGGGAAUUCUUCAGUUUAUAAGUGUUGCACCUCUAUUAUCUAUUUUGAUAAAUGUGCCUUAAAUCCUUGACUGAUAUAUUUGAAUAUUUCCAAUUUUUUUUUUAUUUUAUUCUCACUUGCCAGACGACUGUGGUAGGAGAUUUAACUGUUGCAAUGUCAUUUUAGUGAUAUUUGAAGUUUUAAGCACCUUCUGGUAAUCUCGAAUUUUUUUUAUUAAUUAAUUGUAGUGAGAAGUUGGUGUCAGGGCAGAAAGUCUAUCUAUACUCAUUUUAUACAAGCAUAUUUCAGGAAUAUAUUUUUUUAUUAUAUAAAUUUCGCAUCAUAGGCCGAUUGAAAUAUAUCCAUACAUUUAUCAAAAAAUUGUCUUAUUAUUUGUUGGUCAAUGAUGCUUAUGAAUCUUUGAAUGUUUUGUGAUACUUUGAGUGAACUUUGAAAUUCAUUAGAUUAAUUUAAGAUUUCACUCUAUAAUUUUAUAUUUAUUGGAAGGGUAAAAUAUUGAUAGAAAAAACAUUAAAUUGUUAUAUUUAUCAAAUAAAUGGUGCAUUUGAACGAAACACGAUGAACACACAAAUUGUAAUUUAAGGGUAGCUAAGAUAAUAUAGCGUUAUAAAAAAUAACACUAACAUAAUAUAUGAAGUCGUUUCAUGUUUUUUUUUUUUUUUUUGAAAUAUAAUAUUGACAGUUUUUUGGACAGACAUUCUUGAAAAGUUGUCAUUAUCACCAUGUUUUAUUUAUAAAACUGUACUAAUUCAGUAAAGAAAAAUUUCAAAAAACGAACUAGUUCAUUUAUCUCCCAUUUUCUCCUUAGUUCGUUUAAUUCAUUUCAGAGUGGUUAUGCUGAUAAAUUAUAAUGAAACAAAGAGGUCAUAUUACUUUAAAUCAAUUUUGUGUUGUAUACAUUAAGAAAUAAAAAAUGUCAUGAAUUGA